AUGGAGAGGCAGAACCUGGAAGCAGGUUGGCUGCUGGGGUCCUUCUGGUCCUUACUCCUUGGUGCUCUUGUGGUCAGCACACUCAAGGGCCCCCAGCAGCUACUGGCUUUGGAUUUGGGCUCUGAGAAUGCCAGCUGGGAACCUGAGGAAGUCCCUGGUAAUGAAUCUUCAGAGCACACGUUCUUCUCCCUGGAUUAUCAGCACGUCCAGGUCCCCUUUGAAAUAACGCUCUGGAUCAUGCUAGCUUCUCUGGCCAAAAUAGGAUUUCAUCUGUAUAACAAGCUGCCUUCAGUUGUGCCUGAGAGCUGUUUAUUGAUAUUUGUGGGACUCAUCAUGGGAGGAAUCAUCUAUGGUUUAAAUGAUAAGUCCCCACCAGUCAUGGACAGUGAUGUCUUUUUCCUUUAUUUACUGCCACCAAUUGUUCUUGAUGCAGGAUAUUUCAUGCCCAGCCGUCCCUUUUUUGAGAACAUUGGGACUAUCCUUUUGUAUGCUGUAGUGGGAACAAUAGUGAAUGUGGUUGGAAUUGGCUUCUCACUGUAUGGGAUAUGCCAAGUGAAAGCCUUUCACCUGCAGGAUAUAUCCUUGCUCCAUAAUCUUUUGUUUGGCAGUCUAAUUGCUGCAGUGGACCCUGUAGCAGUAUUGUCUGUAUUUGAAGAGAUACAUGUCAAUGAAAAGCUUCACAUUUUGGUUUUUGGAGAAUCUCUCUUAAAUGAUGCUGUUACAGUUGUGCUGUACAAGCUGCUUAGAUCCUUCUGUGAAAUGUCAACAAUCAAAACUGUUGAUGUUUUUGCAGGAAUUGGGAAAUUUUUUGUGGUUGCCAUAGGAGGGGUAUUGGUAGGCCUUAUAUUUGGGAUGACUGCUGCUUUUACUACACGCUUUACCAAGAACAUCCGUGUCAUUGAGCCCCUCUUUGUCUUCCUGUACAGUUACCUAUCUUAUCUCACUGCAGAAAUGUUUCAUCUCUCUGGUAUUGUGGCAAUUAUUGCCUGUGCCAUGGGUAUGAAACGUUAUGUGGAAGCCAACAUCUCUCUGAAGUCUCACACUACAGUCAAAUACUUCAUGAAGAUGUGGAGCAGUGUUAGUGAUACCCUUAUCUUCAUCUUUCUUGGGGUCUCUACCAUUGGAGACAACCAUGAGUGGAACUGGGCAUAUAUUUGCUUCACUAUUGUUUUCUGCCUGCUUUGGCGAGCACUAGGGGUUCUUGUGUUGACUUUUUUUGUGAACAGAUUACAUGUGAACACUGUUACCAGCAAGGACCAAUUUAUUAUAGCAUACGGAGGUCUCAGAGGUGCAAUAUGUUUCUCUCUGGUUUUCUUGCUCCCUGACUUUCCUAGAAAAAAGCUCUUCAUCGCAGCAACAACAGUCAUCAUUCUCUUCACUGUGUUUGUACAGGGAAUGACCAUCCGUCCCCUUGUGGAAUUAUUAGAUGUCAAGAGGAAAAGAGAAAGUGCUCCCACUGUUGGAGAACAGAUUCACAUGCGGUUCUUGGAUCAUUUGCUGGCUGGCAUAGAAGAUAUAUGUGGACACUGGGGACAGUAUUACUGGAAAGACAAAUUUGAGUACUUCAACAGCAAGUAUUUGCAGAAGUUCCUACUCCGAGAGUACAGCCAGCCCAAAUCAAGUAUCGUGCUUCUCUAUGAAAAGCUGGAGAGGAAACAUGCCAUUGAGCUUGUAGAAGCAGGCCAGUUAAUUCAUACACCAUCCCAUGCAUCUUUGUCUGCUGGAAUGGUCAAAAUAGUGGAUAGCCUGAAUUCAGAUGUACUGGAAAAUAUACAGAAAAUAUUGGCAAGGAACCUGUACAAAAUCAGAAGAACGGUGCCAGCAUACAACAGGCACACGCUUCCUGGAGAGACUGGGACAGAGGAACAGGCAAAAGAGAUCCUAAUCCUCAGACACAGGAGUCUUCGGUUGCAAAUGAACAAAAGUGACUUGGCUCACUCUGGAAAGGAGGGAGGAUUUCAUAAAAGGCAGAACCUUUGGUACACAAGUUGUUACAAGCACAGAUGGAUUGUAAAACCACCCCACCCUCCAGUUCCUUCAAAAGGACAGAACCAUUUUCGUGAACUUGUUAUUUCUGUCAGAAUUUUGUCAUUUCUUAAGCUAGCUACAGUUUUGGAAAGCCCUGAAGAAAUGAAAAAAUAA